UGAGACUAGCAAUAAUCAAGAAACAUCUACGGACCAUUGAUGGGCCUCUCGUCGUAUCAUUUGCUUUGCUCAAGAUGAUUGGGCUUCGGGGCCUGGCUGGCGAGGUAGCAAUGACAGGGGAACCGCACUUUGCUGUCACGGGUCCCUCUAUGGUGAGCGCUCACGAACAAGGAGAAGAAGCCAUGCUGAGAUGAUACCUUGCAGAUGUUUAUUGAAUGCCCCAUAUCUUUCCAGACCAAGUCGCCCUCAUUGCUUUGCGCUGGAAAGAUUGUCCUCCUCCCCGUCAAAGCCAAUGAUGGUAUCACUUGGAAAGUAUGGGUGCUAUCAACUUGGGUCGAGGAAUUGGUCGAUAAUCCUGGGGAUAAAAACCUCCUCUCUCUUCCUGGACCAAAUGUGACCGACGGAGCUGUUGUCGAAACGGAUGUUGUGAUUAUCGGAGCGGGAACCUCAGGUCUGAUGACUGCUGCACGUCUCAAAGCCCUGGGUACUGAAAGCGUUAUACUCGAGCGUAGCGUGAAGAUCGGCGAUAGCUGGGCAAAUCGCUACGACUCUUUGAAGUUCCAUGUACCAACGUCCAAUUGUGAGAUGCCGUACAAAUUCUUUCCAAAAGAGCUGCAGAGUCCCCAUCGCUUGUCGAAGGAUGAGGUUGCGGAACAUCUCCAACAAUACGCCCGAGAGUUCCACCUGAAUGUCAUGACCUCAACCAUUAUACAAUCUAGUUGCUUUGACAAAAAAGAGAAGAAGUGGACCUUGCAUAUCCAAGUUGCAAAUAAUGAUGUCAAAACCAUCUCGUGCAAACAUUGGUUCAGGCUACGGGUCUUGACGGUUGCUGUAGUUGGCUCCGCAAAUACCGCUUUUGACGUCAUGCGAGACUGCUGGGAAGCUGGAUUGAAAACGACCAUGAUCGCUCGUUUGCCAACCUACAUAUUCCCAUAUGAGUACGUCAUGGACCCUCAUGGUGUUGGUGCCUAUGAUGUUAUGCCGCUCGAUGCGGCUGAUAGACUGUUGAACACCUUUCCCUCGACCUUGGAUGGCCAGUUCUCACAUGGACUGUUUGCUCAUCUCGCAUCUCAAGAACCUGACCGAUAUUCUGCCUUGUCCAAAGCCGGUUUUCCGGUCCUUAAUAGUAGAAAUCCGUCGACCAAUGUCAUACAAAAUCUAUUUGGACGCGGCGGUGGCCAUUACAUCGACGUCGGCGGUACCGAUCUGAUCGUAGAAGGGAAAGUUGAUGUGCGCGGCAUGGUAGAGCCUACUGCAUAUACUGAAGUCGGGCUUCGCCUAUCCGACGGAAGUCAUCUUGAGGCUGAUGCAGUCAUUUGGUGCAAUGGAUUUUCCGACAGAAAUGUCCGCGCAACGGCCAGGGAAAUACUUGACGAUCCAUCAUACGAUUCCCGACUAAAGGAUGGCGUUCUGGGACCGCAGGAGAUUGUCGAACAGCUCGAUGCUUCAUGGGGGGUGGAUAUAGAGGGUGAGGUCCGAGGUGUAUGGAAACGCCAUCUGCUCAUGGAGAACUACUGGGUCAUUGGUGGGACUAUACAGCACCAACGAUGGUGGUCUCUUCCGAUGGUCCAGCAGAUCAAAUUGGCUCUCGAGGGCAAUUUACCCCCCGCAUAUCGUGAUACACCAACCGCAGCAUGA